CUAAUUUAAAAAAAUCAUAUCAAAAGAAACAAUUCCUUCAAUUGAUGUAGUGUAGUGAUGCGAUCACCGACGAGUGGCGGUGGUGUGAUAUACAUGUCUGAGCGUGCCUGAGCGAGUCGAGAUGUUCGAGUUCGAGAUGUCAUUUGGUGUGUGGUGAGGAAGUAGGAUGCGAUAGAGUGAGAUUUAGAAGUAUUUUUCUUGUACGGUCGUGUACCAUAUUGUGAGAAAAAUUCUUCUAAAUUCAAAAGAACAGCAAGAUGGAUCGCGAACUAAUUGAGAAGUUUAUCGAAGUGACGGGUGAGAGUGAAGCCACAGCACAGCAAUAUCUGGCAUUGGCUGAUGGAAAUGUGGAAAUGGCGAUUAGUUUGAUGUUUGAAGGUGGCAGACCACCAGAAGUGGAGAAUGCAAAUCCUGAGCCACCAGUAAGAGCUCCUAUAUUACCUACGCAAGAAAUAUUGGUGCCAACAGAACCAAUGUUUUCAUUUCCACGUUUGUCUGAUAGUGCGUUUGAUAGAUUCAGAGAUUUUGCAGUAGAAACCCGUCGACAAGAAGAAGAAAUGACCCUCAGAGUAUCUGGCAUGAAGAACAUUUCUCAAAAGAAAUCAAAACGAUUGGAAGAUUUAUUUCGACCACCAUGUGAUAUUUUGUUUCUAGGUUCUUUCAUGGAAGCACGAGAUCAUGCCAAGACUUUAAACCGUUGGUUAUUGGUCAAUGUCCAAAAUCCACAAGAGUUUAGUUGUCAGAUUCUUAACAGAGAUGUGUGGUCCAAUAAACAAAUCCAAGAUAUUGUGAAAGAUCACUUUGUUUUGUGGCAAGUUUUGUCAAAUACAUCGGAUGGAAGACGUUACAUAGAUUUUUAUAAUGUAGUGGAGUAUCCUUAUCUGGCAAUUGUGGAUCCUAGAACGGGAGAAUGUAUGAAAACAUACAACAAUAUUACUGUGGAUAGUUUAAUAUCUGAUUUAAACGAUAUGUUAAGUGCACAUGCAUCUCCAGAAAGUGCUUCACAAGUUACACCUGACUCUAAAGAUUGGAAUAAUUUUCCUACGUCGCCUCCAAAACGAAAUGUUUUAGCUGAGCAAUUAAAAAAUGAUUGUGGACCUAGCAGUAAAACUUCUAGACUUUUGUCAGAAAAUAUCACAGAACUACGAAACGAAAAUGUGACGUCUGAUAUCAGUUCAAGUGUUCCAAGUAGCAGUACCUGUACUAGCACAGCAAUUUUUAAUAAGAAAAGGAAAUUAAAUGAAUCUGAAGUUAAUAAGCAACAAAAGGAUGAAAAAUUAAAAUCAGAUACAGCUAAAGCUGAAACGAGUGAUGCACCAUUUCUACGGCUUUGCCUACGACUGCCAAAUGGUUCAAAGGAAACUAUAUCAAUGUGUGCAAAGGAUACUGUAGAAGAUUUCUUGGCUAAAAUGGAGGAUAUGGGUUUUUCACCAACAGAAUAUACCUUUUUGGUUCCAUACCCAAAAACAAAUAUUGGUGCACUGUCAUCAAACAUUUGUUUGAUGAAUACAAUCUUGUUUCCAACAAACACAGUAUUCAUAACAAAAAUAUUGUAACAUCCCACGAAAGAUACUAUAAUUUUUCAAUUUAUAUUCUAAGUGAAAAAUUUAAUAC